AUGUCCACAUACAGGAGAAAGCUCAUUUUCCGCACUUCUGGCCUCGCCAAGGGUGGAUAUCUUCUCUUCACCUUCAAACCUCUCAAAGAUCUUGAUUCCAAGGAGAAGCCAGUCGCCUGGAAAGUCAUUUCGUUUCCCAAAGAUGUCAGAAUGACGGCCGAGAUCGAAUACAUAAACAAGUCACCGGCAGCUGACUCAGUGACCGGAAUCCGCAAGCCCGUCCCUACCAACGUUCAAAUCGGCGAGGAGAAUUCGAUCAAUAAAGCAAAGCACGCAAGUGUCGACACUGGGGGUACUGUGGAAUCUGCGAUGGAUUCGGACCAGAACGUGUUAGUCGGCUUAACCGGCACAAACAAGGAUGAGAACGCUGGCUUCACCGCUGCAACGAGCGGCACCGAAAAGCGUCAGGACAUGACCCUCGGUCUCCUUCCAAUUCCAAGAAACAAUCCGAUUCCCCAAACGGAUAACCCAGCCGUGGUUGUCGCCAAGUAUCACCCGAUUUUAUGCGCCUAUAUGAUCACAGACUAUCGAGAGACAGAACUCAUCUCGGGUGAGAGGCGAACGGAUAUUAUCUGGGAGAGGGAUCUUUCCCAGCUAGAGGAAGCUACGAGCUGGUAUCUUCGUUACGACAGUGGAUCUGAAACGUACAGCCUCACACGGACGAAGACUCCUAGAUAUACCUGUAUCGUCCCCGCAAGGAAAUGA